CAAUAAGAAAUCACUCAACAAUAUGUUCAGUUGCUGUUGGUGUUGUUCUGCAUUACGACCAAGAUAUAAACGAUUGGUAGAUAAUAUUUUUCCUGUGAAUCCUCAGGAUGGAUUAAUUAAAAAUAAUAUGGAAAAAUUGAUGUUUUACUCCUUAAGUAGCCCAGAAAAGCUUGAUCGAAUAGGAGAAUAUUUAUUUCAACGAGCAUCUCGAGAUAUAUCUAGACGUAGAAAUGGUUUUGUAAUUAUUGCUAUGGAAGCUAUGGAUCAAUUAUUAGCUGCUUGUCAUGCUCAAACAUUAAAUUUAUUUGUAGAAAGUUUUUUAAAAAUGGUACAAAAAUUAUUGGAAUCAACAGAUCCUCAGUUACAGAUUUUAGCAACUCAGUCUUUUGUUAGGUUUGCCAACAUCGAGGAGGAUACGCCUUCUUAUCACACACGUUAUGAUUUCUUUGUAUCAAAAUAUUCUUCAAUGUGCCACUCCAACAAUGAUAACAUCACAGUUAGAAAACAGAUUCGCCUUGCAGGAAUUCAAGGAUUGCAAGGUGUUGUAAGAAAAACUGUAUCUGAUGAUUUAGUAGAAAACAUUUGGAAUAUGGUGCAUAUGGAUAAAAUUGUUCCAUCUUUAUUGUAUAAUAUGCAAAAUGCUAGAUACUCUAAUAAAGAAAAUGCUACACCUGAAAGCCCUACUGAAGAAAGAUCAGAUCCACCACAGUUUGCAGAAACUUGUAUGAGAGAAUUAGUAGGUCGAGCAUCAUUUGGUCAUAUUCGAUGUGUGAUUAAACCGGUUCUCAAACAUCUUGAUAAUCAUUUAUUAUGGGUUCCAAACUAUUUUGCUAUUCAUUCAUUUAGAAUAAUUAUGUUUUCUAUUCAGUCUCAGUAUUUAUAUACUGUUGUCGAAGCUUUAAUGACACAUUUGGAUGAGCAUUCACAAUCACCUCUAAAGAUUCGUACUAGCAUAGCAGAUACUUUAUCAAAAAUUAUUUCUAUUGCAGCUGGUGAAAGUGUAGGACCUUCCGUUUUAGAAAUUAUAAGUUCUUUAUUAACUCAUUUAAGAGUUAGUGUAUCCAGAAAUUUAUCCUCUACUAAUGAUGAACAGUUGUAUCAAGAAGCUCUUAUAAAUGCACUUGGUGAAUUUGCAAAUCAUCUUCCUGAUUAUCAAAAAAUUGAAAUAAUGAAAUUCAUCAUGAGUAAAGUUCCCUAUAGUAAAUUGGAUUCCAUUACAACUGCUGGUAAAGGAGAUGUUUUACUUCAAAGUAUUUUACUAAAAUCACUCUUAAAGGUUGGAACAAAAUAUCAAACAAUUCAUUUAAAUACAACAUUUCGACCAAGUUUUCUACAACCAUUGUUGAGAAUGUCUUUAGCUUCAGAUGCUGAAAUGAGACUUCUAGUGCAACAAAUUUUUCAUACUUUAAUAGAUAGACAUAAGAAUAUUAAUAAGUUAACCAAACCAACAGUCAACAUUAUAGAUUUAAAUCUUGAAAUUGAAAAAGCAUCUAGACCUGAUAUUAUAUUUAUCAAGAAACAUGGCCCUGAAAUAUACAUGGCUCUUUAUGAAUCGUUAGAACUGACAAGUAAUAAUGUUGAUAAUGUUCAGUCCAUUUAUACAACACUGGCUUUGCUUACAGUGGAAUUGGGUUCUGAAGAAACAGUUCUUGAAUUAUUGCAGUUAAUUAUGAGCUUGCAAGAUCUUGCUCUAACUAGUAUUGAAAUUAAUACAGCAAUUAAGUUUAAUUUACAUGCCAUAGUUAUUAGUUUAUUAGUUUUAAUUGCUAAUGUUUGUAACAUAUCUAAUCUUAUGGAUUAUGGAAAUAAAAUUGUGAGAAAUAGAUAUAAAGAAGCACCACAUUUAUUACCUGAUCUUUGCUCGGAAUAUGGACACUUAUCAUCUGGAAUAUCAUCCUCACUCUUAGUAGAUCAAGCUAUUGUUUCAGAAUGUCUUAAAGAAGUUGGUUUAGAAACUAAUGAAUUGCAAGGAACUAAUUACAGUAAUAAUUCCUUACAACACAGAUAUUCAUGGGUUGACAAUACAGGAUGUAAUUCUUCAGGUGAUAUUAAUGAUGGAACAAUUGAAUUAGAUAGUGCAGGAUCAUCUCCUAGUGUGCAAAAGAAAUUACCUGGAGAAGAAUUAACAUUUGAUAGUAUAAAACGAAUUUUAACAGAAAAUAGUAACGUUCAAAUGAUGGAAGAAGAAAAAAGAAUGCAAUUUUCUCAUUUAUUUCGAAAUACGCCAUUUCCUGAUCUUAUUAAAAAAACACAACCAAAACAUGAUGUUCUACAAAGUAAAUUAUCUGAAAUUUUUAAUGUUUUAAAUAUUGAACCUCGAAGUCAAUCAAUACAAGGAAGUACUCCAUCAGAUAUCAAACCAAGUCAAACGCCAGCAUAUGAAAUACAUUUUCCCGAAUUAUUUGUAUACUAA